AUGCUCAAGCCAUGUCUGGCCUGGUUCUUCGCGGUCGCAUCUGCACAGGACACGGGCUUUAUGAGGACUGUAUUCGUGGAGUAUGUGGAUGGAACGAGCGACGGGCACUUCCAAUUUGGCAAGGCUAUCGGAGAAGCCAUGGGGCCUGACAUCCAGACAGUCUGGGCAGGAGACUUGGAGCUUCAUGCCAUGGAAACCUGGGUACUUGGCGAAGGGCGUGAGAUUUUUGAGAGCCUCGUUUCGGAGACGAAUGCCACUUACCCCCUCUACAUGCGAGAGGUAGAGGGCAUGGCAGACGGCUCCGGCAUUGCGCUGCAGCGCUUGCUUGUGAACCAACUUCGGGAGGAGCUUGCGCAGUGGGUGGAGCCGCGAAAGCGUGAAGGACACUGCACGGACGGCUACGUGGUAAGUGCUCAGCUGACUGCGCUUGGGCACAAUGACGACUGGCCCAUCAACUGGCGGAAAUCCUCAUAUUUCGUGAUUGCGACAGCGCUAGAUGCUGACGGACGGGCCAAGUUCCGUAUGGGAUCCUGGUGCUACCCGGGACUUCUCUUCGGAGGACAGUUGAACUGGAAUUCUUUUGGUUUGGUGUGGACUGUGAACUCUUUGUUCCCACGCAGCUUUCGGUCCAGAGGAGUAGGGACUGCCUGGGUCUCUCGGCACAUGACGGAAGCUAGGUCCCUGCAAGACUUGGUCACUCGUGCUUCCAACAAGCGCGUCACCACAGCCUUGAACUACAACGUUGGACUUCUUAGCGAGAAGGAACUCUGGAAUGUUGAAGUUACUACCGGCGGCCUCCAUGCUAUGCGAAAAAUUACAGGCCCAUAUGUGCAUGCGAACCAGUUCAAGCUGCUGAAUGUAUCUCAAUUUCCCGAAGCAUCCUCGGUUCACCGCGAGGGGCGCUGGAAUCAGCUUAAGCCGAACAACAUGAAAGACUUGCGAUCAUUCCUGUCAGACAGAUCAGACCCGGAUUGGCCUGUGUGGCGAAACCGCACCAGCAAGGAUCCAUGCUUCACUUCUAUCACAGGUAUCUUCGACUUAGAGAGACGCACAAUCUCCGCCUGGACGUCCCCUUCGAACGCCACGGACCCGCAGUUCGAGAUGUCCCUGGACUUGGAAAACGAAAGGGCCAGCAGUAGAGAGGCAGAAGACUUCGUCUACAUGUCCAAGCCUCUAGUGACCGCACAAGAUGUUGCAACUGUUCUUGCAAAGUGGCCGGGGCCCCUGGGCAGGUCAGGCAUUCCUGUGGAGCGGCUUUCCGAGGGUGAGUCGGACCGACUUAUGCGCCUCGAGGAGACGCUGGAGCAGCGCAUUAUUGGUCAGUCGCCUGCUGUCAGCGCCUUGUCGCGUGCAGUGCGACGAGCACGGAGUGGCCUGGCAGGAUCCAGCCGCCCGACAGCUUCGUUCUUCUUCGCUGGCCCAACAGGCGUUGGCAAGACGGAGCUGUGCCGGGUCUUGGCAGAGGAGUAUUACGCAGACCUCAAGGCCAUGGUGCGCCUUGACAUGAGCGAGUUCUCCGAGCCCCACAGCGUCUCGCGGCUUAUUGGGGCUCCGCCCGGCUACGUCGGCUACGACGACCCUCGCAGUGGCCAGCUGACCGAGGCUGUGCGUCGACGGCCAUACAGCGUCGUGGUCUUGGAUGAGAUUGAGAAAGCUCACUCUGAGGUGCUCAACCUUCUCUUGCAAGUGCUGGAGGACGGACGCUUGACGGACGGAAAGGGCAGAACCGUGAGUUUCUCCAACUCCAUCAUCGUGAUGACCUCCAACGUGGGGAGUCAAGAAAUUCUGCAGCAGGCUUCUGGUGUGGGCACUUAUGACCAGCUACGUGCAGCCGUCCAGCGGCAGUUGCAGCAGAAGUUCAGGCCGGAGUUUUUGAACCGCAUCGACGAGCUGCUCAUCUUCCGAGCGCUGUCAGAGAAGGAGUUCAAGCAGAUUGUGCGACUGGUUCUGGGAAAUGCCAAAAAGCGAGCAACCUUGGCCUUCGAGGAGGCCGCCUUGCAGAGCGGGCGACCAGACACAGAAGCACUAGAGCUCUCAUGGACGGCCGAGGUGGAGGAGAUCGUGCUGGCUUCCGGCUCCAAUGCGGUUUACGGCGCACGGCCUUUGCGACGUGCAGUGCAGCGUGUCUUCGAGGAUCCAGUCGCAGAGUUCCUGGUUUCUGGGGCCUUGAAUCGGGGUGGGACUGCCACCGUCGAUGUGGACGGCGGGGACGUUGUGAUUCGGUACCGUGGCGAAACUUUGCGGCCAGCAUGUGCGGCCGCAGUAACCACGGAGGCAUUGGUUGUUCCGCGAACCCAGGAGGUCAAGAAGAACAACAAGGUACCUUCUGCCGUUGCCGUGUUCCGGGCUCAGCUGCUUCUGCUCUUCACAGGACACAGCAGGGGCCAAACCUGCCGAAGCUGCUAG